AUGGCUCGACAUUUCAAUUCAAGAAGGACCUCAGCGGAAGCUGUAGCGGGAUUGUCUUGGAGCUGUGGUUGUCGAUUUGUGCGAAUAGGUCCUCGGCGCAUCGCCCUGCGCCUUCGGUUAAUCCCCACUGCGUCGUCGUGCGUCGUGCGCCAUGUGACGGACGUCGUCAGAGCACGACGACAUGUUUUACGCGAACGCGCCGGACAGAAAGACGAGCAAAUAGGCCGACUGCAGUCGAGCCUUUUGCCUCUGGCCCAACUUGGUCCAUUCAAUGAGGUAUCUCCUCGUUUGCUUGGAGAUGUUAUACUUUGUGAAGAAAAGUUGGGUUUCCAUGACUCUCUUCUUUCAUAA